AUGCCUGCUUACAUACAUACUGAUCGUGGUUCGGCUUUCAUGAGUUGUGAGUUUAAAAGAUUUUUGCAAGAAAAGGGUGUGUCUCACAGUAGAACAACUCCUUACAAUCCUUCGGCGAAUGGUCAAGUAGAAAGGUGCAAUGGGACAAUUUAAAAAGGAAUAAAACUUGCUUUAAUGUCAAAAGGUUCGCCAAUUGAAUGUUGGCAAGAUGUUCUAUUAGAUGUUUUGCAUUCCAUCAGAUCACUAUUGUGCACUGCAACAAAUGCAACACCGCAUGAACGGUUGUUCAAUUUUGCAAGAAGAUCUACCACAGGAUAUGCCGUUCCAACGUGGCUGACAAAUUCUAAAAUUGUUCUUCUCAAGAGACAGAUUAGAAGAAACAAAUCUGAUCCAUACGUCGAUGAAGUGGAACUUCUGGAUGCGAACAGACAUUACGCUCAUAUUCGGUAUUCAUAUUGUAAAACCUCAACAGUAUCAACGAAACAUCUUGCACCGUGUGGUGAUGGUACACCGCUUAGAAGUGAGAAUAAUGGAAGUUCCCCUGAUAAUCAACCUUCUCAAUUACCUGCAAAGCAGGCUGAUACAGAAGAUUCGGACUAUGCACCAAAAAUAUCGCAUCCUGUGAUCAACCAAUCAGAAAUUCAAGAAGGGGAAGAAAGUCAAAUAUUCCCGGUGAUGAUGAAAAACGCGAAACAUCCCCCAAUGAAGAAGAUAGACACCCCGGCUCCUAGGCGUUCUACUGGAGAAAAGCGUCCAAUUGAUCGUUAUCUUUUAGGCAGGGGAAAUUUUAGUGUUAGCAUUUCUUCACAGUGUAAUUAUUAGAUAAACUAUGUACUCUUGAUUGCCCUAGCUCCGUCGUACUGCAUACUUUACUGUUUGCGUGUUAUUCUAUUGUUUACAGUGUUAAGUUGUGGUAGUGGUGUUCUU